AUGUCUGAUUCUCCAUAUCCUGCAUUCACAUUCGUUAUGGUGCCCAUCGCUAUGGCGAUCGGGUGGUGCGUGAAGGUUUGGCUCGAUGCCGAUGGCCGACGCUACGAGGUAGAUGUGGUAAACCAGCGUAUACUCAAGGUCGCCCAAUGGGACCAUGAGUACAAGAUGAAGGCGCUGGGGAGCCCUUCUACCUCGGCGGCGGAGGACGCCGGACGCGGAGAGUCAUCCUGA